GGCGGAUUUCUCGCUGCAGAUGCCGUCUGCUCUUGAGUUCAAGUGUUUAUUCCAGAGUAUGUGCGAGAUUAUAUGCUGAGCCGUGGGCAGGGGGAUGCGGCUUUAUAGUAUGAUACUGCUGCUCUGAUUCACUGUUAUGCAGUGGUGAAUAGGAGAAGGCAACAGAGAUGGAGGCGGAGAAAAAAAAAAGAAUAGGUACCAAUAAGGGAGGAAGAGCACUCACAAGACCCAGCUCUGCAUUUUAAGUCAAGCUUUGGGCAGUUUGCAUCCCAUUUCGCCGCGCGGAAAAGCAAAGACAGAGCAAUGAUAAGCUCUGCAGCCAGAGUUGGCUCUACUCGCCGCACUCUGCAUAUUUGCGCUUGACAUCUAACCGCCAGCCUGUUAGGCCUCCGUAUGCAUCCAGCUGCGGGACUUGACUAAAAGAGGAGGCUAAUAAGCGAAGUUUUCGCCUGGGAUAUCCCGAAAAUGUGACAACUUGAUGUUACCGCAACUGGUGCGUGGGACUACCUGACGUGCCGCCCCGUUGCCUAUAGCCAGCCAGAGAGCAGCAUGAGACUAUUCAUGUCCGACUGACGAUGUGAGGCGAACCUAGACUUGCGGCCGGGGUAUGACCAGAUGAGGUUUGGCCUUACAUUAGUCCGCUGUUAAGCAGUUAGAGAGGGGUGCCACCCCCUGUCAGAACGGCCUCCAUCACGGAGCUGGAAUGGAGGGGCAGCAUUUGAUGCUAUCAGGACAGCAUUGCAAGGGGGGUGUCCAACAUGCUGCAGCAGAAUGGAGACUGCUCUGUCGGUUGUUCACUCCAUCGCUGCGAUGCUGGCCCCUGUAAUGCCAAAGAGAAGAGAAAAGAAGGCAUCGUCGGAGCUGUGUCCGAGUUACUUGCGUCAAGCUCUUGCGCUCGGGAGUGUGGGAUUUUGAAUGCCUGCCCUCCCACAAGCAUGCCAGCGCAUACAUGCAAUCGCAAUGGCUACAUAUGACCCGAGCUCUUCCAAGCCCGGGGAAUUUCUUGAACGGCAAGUGAGAGGGCAUUUCAGAAUCCCAUUGUUGCGCCACCACGUGUCUUUGCUUCGCGACGCCAUUGCAACUGCUAGGCAUAUGUAGUUGGAUACAGCAUUGCUCCCCGUCUAGGAAUCUUUCUGAACCAGCCCUCGGUAGGUGGGUUAGAAGCGAUCUCUUCGUCGCAUUUUCCACACGGGCAUUGAGAUUUUGACAGUUCAUGCGGGGGAUUGGUAGUUUGUAGUUUGCUAUAGAUAGAGGCCAAUAAUUAUAUAAAAAAAAAUCUCAAUCUUUCAAUCUUUCAACCCUUCUAGAUCGUGGCUUAUUCUUAUCGUCUUCGGCCGUCUCGUGUCGGAUCCGAAUCACCAUUUGGGCUUGAGGUGCAUGAGUUUGCGGUGGCGGAGACGGCUUGAAGGCAGUGGAUGAUCAACAACUGCACAUAUUUGUCAUUUCUUUCCAACACAGACUGCCCUGCUGUCGUUUUCAUGCAGACUUGCCUCGUAUACGCGAAAAACAGGCUACAAUCGCAAGGCUGUAGCUCUAGUGGAGCAAUGGAGAGCUGCAAAUCCAGCAUUCGCCUGAAUUGCUGCAGCAUCACAAGCCAACAGAUGUCGUAGGCUGGCUAGUAAAAAGCCCUCAAUCAUGCAUUGGAUGCAAAUAGAGAGAAAAGAUGACAACUUGACGACUACCCACGGCGAUCUCGAUGCCCAAGAAGCAGUAUUAUUUCGUUCUCGGCGUUUGGCGAGCAAGCAAUCAGGCACAGCAACUGUGCCUUUCUCACAAACCGGGAAAUCCUUGCAAGCGAAUAGGCAUAUCAGCGUGGCUUUCGGCUCGCAUUUGGCUCGCAUUUGGCUCAGCUCCCCCCACGGCCCCUGCAUUGUGGUAAUAGCGCUUGCGUAGCCAUGGGGUAGUAAUGAUGUAGCAAUCGGCGCUAUUUGCUUUGUAGUACAACCACGAUAUGCGUAAUAAUAGGCCCGUGUGCCUAUUCUUAUAGAAUUCCUUGUUUUUUUUGUGCUCUCAACCUGCGGGGCCGUCGCUCAUAGCAUAUUCCCUGCAGCCGGGGUUUCGGUGCUGAGUUGUGCAUUCCCCGGUCGUGCUCUGCGCCCCCGUGCACGGAGAUGCGGAAACAUUCCUUCGAGUGAGCUGCUGCGUCGCAUGUAGCACAAAGAUAAGGAAGGCUACCGCGGAAACAUGCGCCCACCGCUGGCAAUAGUGCUUUGUGGUGGCCCUCUGUCCUGUCCCUUAAUUUGCACUAUCAGCCAACACAACACAAAAAUCUCAAACCACCAACGAUCAUGGCUGUUGAUUGCGAUAUUGGUUGUUUCUGACUGAUGGGUUACAUCGAAAUAGAACAACCAUUUUCAUGCCCACAGCGUAGAUAAAAUCUCGAGAGUGAUACGCAUCAUGCCGGCAUUGACU